AUGCCAAAGUUCGCCAUCGUCAUGUAUUCUUCAAUCGUCAUGCCCCAAGCGAACCGACUUGUUGCAUUCUUCAAACAAUCAUUACCAUCCAUAUCAACCAGCGUUAAUGCAUUUCCAGCUCACCACUAUGCUGCUAUGUCAGAUCAAACUAACCUAAAUGAUGGAACUUCAGUUUCUAGACAAGAUAUUCAAGGAAAAAAUAUGUUUGGUUCAGUUGCUCCUGGUAUUAAUAACGGGCUAAAUAUGGAGAACUUGCAGCAAAUGAAUUCUGAGCAAAGAGAUGUACCAAUGGAAGAUUUUCACGUGAGGCAAGAACUGGCUGGAUCUUCCGAGACUUCACAAGACAAGUUGAUAGUGCAGGCUCCUCCACAUAAUGUGGCUACACUAGAUCCAACUGAAGAAAAAAAUUUGUUUGGUUCUGAUGACAACCCUUGGGAUGGAUUUGGCAGGAAUUCUGCUUUAAAUAUGCUGGAUGGUUCAUAUAGUUUUAGUGGAUUUCCUUCUCUUCAGAGUGGGAGUUGGAGUGCACUGAUGCAGUCUACUGUAGCUGAAACUUCUAGUAGUGAAGUGUGUAUACAAGAGGAAUGGAGUGGUCUAAGUUCUCAGAAUACUGAACGGUCAUUUCCAAAAGAAGGACCUUCACCCAUUAAUAGCAACAAACAACAAUCAGUUUGGCCCGAUAAUAAUUUGCAGUCAGCCCCCAAUAUAAGCUCAAGGCCUUUAAUUCGUCAAGAUGAUCUUAGCAGGCCUAGUUCUACUGUAACCUUUUCUGGUCGUCCUGGAUUUCAUCAGCCAGGUGCUGAUACUGCACAAAAACAAAAACCAGAUACAAUAACAUGCAGAUGCAUAUGUGGGGAAAUGGAUCACAAUACAAAAUUUCUAACUUUCCUAACUGUCGAACAAUUUUUUUCUAACAGCCCUCUAAACCUCUAA